CCUAUAGCAUCUUCAUACUUUCUUCUUUAUAAAAAAAAUUCUCGAUACUUUCGUUUUUCAUCUAUAGUCUUGUACAAUUUAAUUUUGAAGUUAGAGUUAUAAUACAUUGAUACAUACAAAAUUACAAAUUAAUAUAUACACUAUGGACGUCAUGGACAAGGUGAGUCAAUAUAUACGUGUGUUCAAUCACUUUGAUGAAAAUGGAGAUGGAAAAAUAUCGCCGUCUGAGCUACGGCAAUGUGUGGAAGCAAUCGGGGGCAAGAUGUCGAAUGAGGAGGCGGAAGUAGCGGUGGAGCUUCUCGACUCAGACAGAGAUGGGUUAUUUGGGUUGGAUGAUUUUGUGAGAUUUGUAGAGGGAGGAAAAGAGGAAGAAAAAGUGAAUGACUUAAGAGAGGCUUUUAAGAUGUAUGAAAUGGAAGGGUUUGGUUGCAUCACACCAAAGAGUUUAAAGAGAAUGCUUGGAAGAUUGGGUGAAUGUAGAAGUGUUGAUGAAUGUCAAGCUAUGAUUGCUAAAUUUGAUAUUGAUGGAGAUGGGAUGCUUAGUUUUGAUGAAUUUAGGGCAAUGAUGCUUUAACAUAUUGAAUUUCCAAGUUUGAACAUGAAAAAAUUCAAGUCACAUGAGUAAGAGAUUGAAUUCAUAAAACUUACAAUUUUUUUUUGUUUGAAUUAAUUUGUACUAUUACAUUUUGCAAAAAGUUGAGAAUACAAGAGUUUAUCUUACGAUAAAUAUUUGGUAAACAUUCUGAUAUACAUCUUAUUUUUAUCUAUAUAUGUACCGAUAUAUUGUUGGGGAGGUUAAUUCUAACAGGUCUCUACUGAUUAAUAAAUACUAUUGAUGAAUAUAUCAAAAUUAUUCACCUCGACAAUCUAUUAGUAAUAUAUUAAAGUAAAAUGUAUACAGAAAAAUUCAUUUAAAUAUAUAUUUUGGAAGUUUUUUUUUUGUUUUUUUAUGGGAUAUGUCCCACACACUUUCUCUUCCACCAUUGGGAGGUCA